UCCAGGCUUCUCGGAAUGGAUGGUCUAAAGAUCCGGAAGCUGAACAUUCCCCACCCCAAAAAUGGCACAUCCACCCUUCUGUGGAUAAGGGCUGGGUGUCCGUUUGAUGCCCGUGGUGUCCUCUUUCUUCCCCCCACAGAGCCUCCAGUGGUGACGGUGGCAUCAAAAGCGAGCUACGGUGGCUUAGAGAGGCUCACUUGCCAGGCCUACGGCUUCUACCCCAAGGAGAUUGAGGCCACGUGGAUCAAGGACGGGGAGAGCUUGGAAGCGGAGACCUACCGUGGGAGUGUUUCCCCCAAUUCGGAUGGGACCUACUAUACCUGGCUGAGCAUCGAGAUCAACCCUGAGGAGAGGGACCUCUACCGGUGCCACGUGGAGCACGACGGCUUGUCUGAACCUCUGGAUGUGGCCUGGAAGGCACCCGGUGAGAGGUUCAAUGGGAGACUGAAGGAUUGG